AUAUAAUCUCUUCUCUUUUCCUUUAGAUUCUUCAGGUUUCGAAGCUUUUAUGAGGUUGGGAACUGCUCGGAUUCGUACAACUUUGUUCAAGGAAAAAUGUGGUUGAAUAAUAAUAAUGGUGGCGGCCGCGGCCGCCGCAUGGAUGGGGGAGAUGAAAAUGAUGAGAGUGCUUGCGCGGUGGGUCCGGCAACUGCGGCGGCGGAGGCGAAGGCGGUGGCGGCAAACAAGAGCCACAGCGAGGCGGAGAGGCGGCGGAGGAAGCGAAUCAACGGCCACCUCGCCACCCUCCGUACCCUCCUCCCCACCACUAUCAAAACCGACAAGGCCUCGUUACUAACGGAGGCGGUGAGGUGCGUUAGGGAGCUAAAGAAGGCAACCGCCGAGCUGGCGGCGGCGAUGUCGCCGGAAACCACCGCGGACGGCGUCGAAGCACCCCCAUCAUUCAACACGUUCCCUAGCGAGAUUGACGAGCUGAAGCUGAGUUAUACCGGGGAAGACGAUGACUCCGGCGCCGGCAACGUGAGGGCGGCGAUCUGUUGCGAAGAUAGGCCGGAGAUCAUGCCGGAGCUUGCGAGGGCUCUGAAGUCGGUGGAGGGGACGGUGGUGCGGGCGGAGAUGUCGACGGUCGGCGGGAGGAUUAGAAUUGCCCUUUGGCUGCGCGUUGAGGGUUUGGGUAAAGGAGGAGAUGAGGCGGCGCUGGCGGCGGUAAAAUUAGCGCUGAAGGAGGUGGUGGACAGACCCACUGCCGUGGUCGGCUCCGGCAACCACUUGCCCGGUGGGCCCGGAAACAAACGACCACGUCUCUUGAUGUAGCAUUUGGGAUGUCAUUAUUUUAUGAUAUUUCUCCAUAAUGUUUAUUUAUUUACUCAUACAUGUUCUAAUUGGUGGUUAGAUAUAAUAAAUUACUCCGUAUUUU